AUGGCUACUUUACCGGGAACAGUGCCGCGGAUGAUGCGCCCCGCGCCGGGCCAGAACUACCCCCGCACCGGGUUCCCUCUGGAAGUGUCGACCCCUCUGGGCCAGGGUCGGGUCAACCAGCUCGGCGGGGUGUUCAUCAACGGGAGGCCGCUGCCAAAUCACAUUCGGCACAAGAUCGUGGAGAUGGCGCACCACGGCAUCCGACCCUGCGUGAUAUCGCGACAGCUGCGGGUCUCUCACGGCUGUGUGUCCAAGAUCCUGUGCCGGUACCAGGAGACCGGCUCCAUCCGUCCCGGGGCCAUCGGAGGCAGCAAGCCCAGGCAGGUGGCAACGCCAGACGUGGAGAAGAGGAUCGAGGAGUACAAGAGGGAGAACCCGGGCAUGUUCAGCUGGGAGAUCCGGGACAAGCUGCUGAAGGACGGGGUGUGCGACAGAGGCACAGUUCCUUCAGGUGAGGCUUCAUCUGUGAGCUCCAUCAGCCGCGUGUUGAGGGCCCGGUUUGGCAAAAAAGAUGACGAGGAUGAUUGUGAUAAGAAGGAUGAAGAUGGAGAAAAGAAAACAAAGCAUAGCAUCGAUGGCAUCCUUGGUGAUAAAGCUAUUAAUAACGUUUUCUCCUCGGGCAUGGAGAGGGACUCCAUCUGCACUUUCUCGCAGCUAUUUGGCGGGGUGGAAAUUGAGGGAGACCCAAAUGUUGGGCAGAGAUAA